CGUGACGCUAGUCGAUCAGACUGCGCGUGCGGGUCACGAGUGCCAGCUGAGCGCGUGGCGACAGCGACAUGGCCUCCGAGGCGGAUGUGCGCGCCAGGCUGCAGCGCGCGGGCCAGAGCCACCUGCUGCGUUUCUGGGCCGAGCUGGACCCCGGGCCGCGCGCCGCGCUGUUGGCUGAGUUGGCCCUUCUGGAUCCCGACACGCUACGCGAGCACUGCGCCUCUGCAGCAGAGGCCUGCGCGCGCGCUCCAGGCCCCACACCCGGCCUGGCUGAGCGCCUGCGGCCUCUGUCCUCCAAGAGCGUAGGCAGUGUGUGCCGCGACGACCCCGAGACGCGGCGGCGCUGGGAGGAGGAAGGUUUUCGUCAGAUCGCCCUGAACAAGGUGGCUGUGCUGCUGCUGGCCGGCGGGCAGGGCACUCGCCUGGGGGUCACCUACCCCAAGGGCAUGUACCAAGUGGGGCUGCCCAGCGGGAAGACUCUGUAUCAGCUGCAGGCCGAGCGGAUUCGACGUGUGGAGCAGCUGGCUGGCGAGCGCCACGGGACCCGCUGCACGGUGCCCUGGUACAUCAUGACCAGCGAGUUUACACUGGGGCCCACGGCCAAGUUCUUCAACGAGCAUGGCUUCUUUCACCUGGACCCUGCCAAUGUGGUCCUGUUCGAGCAACGCAUGCUACCCGCCGUGACCUUCGACGGCAAAGCCAUCCUGGAGCGAAAAGACAAGGUUGCCAUGGCCCCAGAUGGCAACGGGGGCCUGUACCGCGCCCUGGCGGACUACCAGGUCCUGGAGGACAUGGAGCGCCGAGGGGUGGAGUUUGUGCACGUGUACUGUGUGGACAACAUCUUAGUGCGGCUGGCUGACCCAGUCUUCAUCGGCUUUUGCGUGCUGCGGGGCGCAGACUGUGGUGCCAAGGUGGUGAAAAAAGCCUACCCAGAGGAGCCUGUGGGCGUGGUGUGCCAGGUGGACGGUGUCCCCCAAGUGGUGGAGUACAGCGAGAUCAGCCCUGAGACUGCAGGGCUGCUUGGGGCUGACGGGGGCCUGCUCUACAGCGCGGGUAACAUCUGCAACCACUUCUUCACCCGAGGCUUCCUGCAGAGGGUCACCAGGGACUUUGAGCCAUUGCUGAAGCCACAUGUGGCCGUGAAGAAGGUCCCAUACAUAGACGAGGAGGGAAAUCUGGUAAAGCCGCUAAAACCGAAUGGGAUAAAGAUGGAGAAGUUUGUGUUUGAUGUGUUCCAGUUUGCUAAGAAUUUUGUUGCCUUUGAAGUGUCUCGGGAGGAAGAGUUUUCCCCACUGAAGAAUGCUGACACUGCAGCCAGAGACAACCCUUCCACGGCCAGGCGGGCCCUGCUCAGGCAGCACCACCAAUGGGCGCUGCAAGCUGGGGCCCGCUUUUUGGAUGCACGUGGGGACCAGCUUCCUGAGCAUCAUGGCUUGCCCCAGGAUGGAGAUCCUCCAGCCAUUUGCGAGAUUUCACCCUUAGUGUCUUACUCAGGAGAGGGUUUGGAGGCCUAUCUGCAAGGCCGAGAGCUCCGGUCCCCAUUCAUCCUGGACAAGGACCAGGCCAGGGUGCUAAGGUCACAGGAGGCCUGACCUGCUCCGAGACUGCCAGCAGCAUUUGGGGCCUCAGCUCUGACGGAAGCUACCACACCAGUUGCGGUGUUCCUCAGCCCGAGUUGCUCUCUGCCUUCCGUCCCAUCCUGACUGAAAAGACACACAUCAGGAAGCUGACUGGUCAACAACUUUUCUCUAGACUUAUGGAACCCAGGUAUUUGGUGACAACUGUGAUAGCUCGGACCUGGGAAUAAAACCCAAGGAAGCAAGAAAAUUAAAAUUUAGGGAGCAAAGGUUUUUUUUUAGGCCAGGUCUGGCAAUGCAAUCCUCGGGAGCCAAGUUGGAGACUGUGCACCUGACAGCUAAAAGGCAGGGCUUUUACCUUGUAAAAACCACAAACAGCUGCUGGUCUCACAAUGCAAGGAGGGGGGUGGGGGUGUGGCGCACUACAGACCAGGAACUUGGUGAUUACAUUGGGAAGAGCAAAGUUCAGAUAAGGGUUGGGCUAACAAGCAAAUCUCCCUGCAUACAAGCAAGUUUAGAUUGGGCAAACAUCUUUUUUUCCUCAGCAGAGAACAGAGAAGUCUAGCAGUAAUUAACAACCUCUGUUAGCUUAUUUUAGCGCCACAUCUGUUAUUUGUAGAGGGCAACAAUGGUUAACAUAUCAAUUAGGUAAGAUUUUACAAUUUUUACAGAGGAUAGCAUUUCUUAAAGAACAGCACAUUUUAUUACAGAUAGCCAGAUGAGGGGUAGGGGUGGGUGUUACAGGAAACUGAAACCUAAGGCUUUUACAGCUUUCUCAGGAAAUAGAAACUUAACCUAGAAAGAUAGGAAGGGAGGGAGGGGGCCAAGCGGCGCAUACAGAACAGGAAUGAGGCACAAUGGUUAGAAAUAGGCUAUAACAAUAAUGUCCACAUGUAGGCCAAGGUCGUCCUAAUUACAUUCUUGUAAGGUAGAGUCCCGUUUAACACGGGGGAAAUCAUGUGUUUGGUUGGCAUGGGGGCCACCUAGGAGAUCUGUGAUGACUGUAAGGAAGUCCUCACAUCUAGAGGGCCAGAGGCGGAUCUGGAGCUGGGAUGUGUGGCUCCCAUGCACUCUCCUUUGUGCUUUUCCUUUCUUGUCAAAGCCCUUGGGUACAGUGACAAACUCUUGAAUUCCCAGUGAAGGGUGGCUGAGGCGUGAGGGUCAAACUGAAAGCCAGCCUGGAAAAAACCCUGUGUCAAAAAUAAGAAGGGCUGAGCAUGUGGUUGGUGGUAGAGCACUUGAUUAACACUGCAUGAGGCCCAGGGUGUCACCUGUGGUGGCCACCUCCCUGCAUUGAGCCCUUUGUGUCCUCAGAGUUCUCCAGGGUGGAGCUUUGAGGAUGACAGCCUUGCUAUUUCCUGAGGUCCUGCUCAUGAAUGAAACCUGAUUUCUUCCCACCAGCUGUCUUCCUGGCUCUCUAGGCCCAGUGUUGUUGUCCUGAAGGACAGUGAGAUUGGCACAGCACUGUCCUGCAGAAAGUGUGGACUCUUCAGUGGCAGGGACAGCAAACACCCCAAGUCUGCCAGUUGUAAAAGUCCCACCUGUUGUGCUGCGCCCAGGGUCCCUUAGCAGGAGUGACACACCCUGUUUGGCAACCCGUCAGGGGUUCAUAGUCCUCUCGGUUGAUGGCUUAGACAGUGCCAUUGGGGAGACACACAGUUGGGUCAGCCCAGAGCCACAUCCCAGGGAUUGCAGGAUUCUUUCUAUGAACCCUGGACAGCUGUAUGGAAGUCUGUGGCCUGGCUGGAGGGCAGCACUCUGGCCCUGCAGGAACUGGGGCAGGAAGACUGAGAGCUCACAUUCUGCCAGACCUGGGUCAAAAUUUUAAGAAGGCUGUGCUGGGGCUCAGUGGUAGAGAACUUGCCAGGCAUGCACAAGGCUCUGAGUUAGAUCCCUGGUUCUGCCAAGGAAAAAGAUGAGACUUUAGAAGCAGGCCUUGCUGAGGGCAUGCAGACCCACAGCAUGUUGGGGUGUGGCACUGUGGGAGGUCACUGCAAAAACUGUGCCCUGGUGCUGGGAAAGCCGAGAGUGGAUUGUGGAUGCUGUGCUGCAAACCCACCUCUGUAUCUGCAGAAAGGACAUGAGGGUGGGGACUUGCACAGGUGUAUGUGCACCUGUGUUCCCAGCAGUACGUUCCUUAAGAGCCAGUGAGUGGCAGCAGCCCGGUGUCGGCUGUGUUUGCACUACCCUGGGGUGACCUUAGGCCUCCUGCCAGGCAUGGUUGCCACACAGAGGGGUGGGAGUUGUGUGGCUCAGCUUUCACCACACCCCUAGAACAGGCAAGAUCUUGAGGCUGCCUGAAUGAUGGCCUGGGUGGGGGAUGGUCCCUGUUCUGUGGGAACAAGUUCUCUUUGGGAGCGAUGAGAUAGUUUGGGGCACGUGGUGUGGGUAGCACACAUAUUGUGAAUGUGUGCAGUGCCUCAGUGUGGUUAAAUGGUAAGUUUUUUUUGUUGCUUUGUUUUGAGACAGGGUUUUGUAAGGGCCGGGGAUUUAGCUCAGUGACAUAAGCACCUGCCUGGCAAGUGUGAGGUCGUGAGUUCAAUUCCCAGCACCAAAAAAAAAAAAAAAAAGAGAGAGAGUUUCGUUAUGCAGUUCAGGCUGGCUU